UGGAGGUUCGGGGAGGCGUUACGGCAGGCCUGAGGCCAGGUCUGAGGCCGGAGGCCGCGGCGGGCGGUGGAGGUGGGCGGGUCGGCCGGGCUCGGGGUGUGGGUCAGGUGUCCCGGAGCUGCCGGGGUCGGAGGUGACGGGGCGGAGGUCGAUCCGGGUCUGGGAGAGUCUCGGCUCGGGCGGGCUCGGCGGCGGCCGCCCUGCGUGAACGCCCCUCGGCUGCUCUCGGCCCGGUCGGCCUGCGCUGCAGCUGCUGCUGCUCCUUCGGGCUCCGCCACAGUAUAUGAGAAAGACAUGAUUUCCACUCCACUUCCACAACACGUCUAAGUUUUAUCUUCUUUUUGGAUCUGUAUCUUACGCUGCAAUGCAGCAAGCUCUGGAGCAAGCUUUGGAUCGUGCGGAGUAUAUUGUUGAAAGUGCUCGGCAGAGACCUCCUAGAAGGAAAUACCUAUCUAGUGGAAGAAAAUCUAUAUUCCAAAAACUGUAUGACUUGUAUGUUGAAGAAUGUGAAAAAGAACCUGAGGUUAAGCAGAAAUUAAGACGAAAUGUGAACUUGUUAGAGAAGCUUGUUAUGCAAGAAACUUUGUCAUGUUUAGUGGUCAAUCUGUAUCCAGGAAAUGAAGGGUAUUCUUUGAUGCUCAGGGGGAAAAAUGGAUCAGAUUCUGAGACCAUCCGAUUGCCUUAUGAAGAAGGAGAAUUGCUUGAAUACUUAGAUGCAGAAGAAUUACCUCCUAUUUUGGUUGAUCUCCUUGAAAAAUCACAGGUUAAUAUUUUUCAUUGUGGAUGUGUGAUAGCAGAAAUACGUGACUAUAGGCAGUCCAGUAAUAUGAAGUCUCCUGGUUACCAAAGCAGGCACAUUCUCUUACGUCCAACAAUGCAGACUUUAGUUUGUGAUGUUCAUUCUAUAACAAGUGACAACCAUAAAUGGACCCAGGAAGACAAACUUUUGCUUGAGAGCCAACUGAUUCUAGCUACAGCAGAACCACUGUGUCUUGACCCGUCUGUGGCAGUAGCUUGUACUGCAAAUAGGCUGCUCUAUAACCGGCAAAAAAUGAACACUCGCCCAAUGAAACGGUGUUUGAAGAGGUAUUCCAGGUCUUCCCUGAACCGGCAGCAGGACCUGUCUCAUUGUCCUCCUCCUCCUCAGCUGAGAUUACUUGAUUUCUUACAAAAACGGAAGGAAAGGAAAGCAGGUCAGCAUUAUGACCUCAAGAUCUCUAAAGCAGGAAAUUGUGUGGACAUGUGGAAACGGAGCCCCUGUAACCUGGCUGUGCCUUCUGAAGUAGACGUGGAGAAAUAUGCUAAAGUGGAAAAAUCCAUCAAAUCUGAUGACUCUCAACCAACAGUCUGGCCGGCCCAUGAUGUAAAAGACGAUUAUGUAUUUGAAUGUGAAGGUGGUACUCAGUAUCAGAAAACAAAACUGACCAUUUUGCAGUCUCUUGGUGAUCCACUGUACUAUGGUAAAAUACAGCCAUGGAAAGCAGAUGAAGAAAAUGACAGUCAGAUGUCUCCAUCCCACUCCUCUGCAGAUGAUCAUUCAAAUUGGUUCAUCAUUGGGUCCAAGACUGACGCGGAGAGGGUAGUCAAUCAGUACCAGGAGUUGGUCCAGAACGAAGCCAAAUGCCCAGUGAAGAUGUCACAUAGCUCUAGUGGUUCAGCCAGUCUCAAUCCAGGAGAGGAAACAGAGCAGCCUGAGACGGUGUCUGUUCAGUCUUCAGUUUUGGGGAAGGGAGUAAAACAUCGACCCCCACCCAUCAAACUUCCCUCAAGCUCAGGAAAUAGUUCCUCAGGUAACUAUUUUACAGCACAACAGGCCAGCAGCUUCCUUAAGUCUCCAACUCCUCCUCCGUCAUCUAAGCCAAGUCUCUCUCGAAAAUCAUCUGUGGAGCUCAGUCAAGUCAGCAUGCUUUCUCCUGCCGCCCUGUCACCUGCCAGCUCUUCACAGAGAUCUGGAACUCCUAAGCCAUCUACUCCUACACCAACCCCUUCAUCGGCCCCACACCCUCCUGAUGCUCAGAACUCAACUCCUAGUACCCCUUCAGCCACCCCAUCUCCCCAAGAUUCAGGCUUCACCCCUCAGCCCACUUUGUUCACUCAGUUUGCUCAGCAGCAAAGGGCUCUGAGCCAGGCAAUGCCUGUGACAACCAUUCCUCUUUCUACCAUGGUAACAUCUAUAACAACAGGAAGCACGGUCUCCCCGGUCAUGGCUGACUCUGCUGGGCUUAACUCCGUCAGUGUAGUGAGCUCUGCUGGUGGAGCCCACGCUCUGAAGAGUGCCUCAAACUCCAUGCUGGGCUGUGACACUGGCACCAUGACUCCUGCAGGAAAAAACCUGGGCAGCGGCCUUCUUCCCUCAGGAUGUCUCCUAACAAAUGCACUGCCCAGUGCAUUGCCCGCAACUUCUCAGACAGGUAUCCCGUUUGGUUUAAAGAAUACUUCAAGUCUCAGGCCUUUAAAUCUACUCCAGCUUCCUGGUGGUUCACCCAUUUUUAACACUCAGCAGCAGCAACAGCUUCCUCAGUUUGUACAACAGCCUCAACAGCAGCAGCAACAGCUUCCUCAGUUUGUACAACAGCCUCAACAGCAGCAGCAACAGCUCCCUCAGUUUGUACAACAGCCUCAACAGCAGCAGCCACAGCUCCCUCAGUUUGUACAACAGCCUUCAGUUUCAAGUCCCCAGCAGCCAGAGGAGCAGGGAUCUGAACAAGUUUUAACUGCUCAAGAACAAGCCUUAACUGCUCAGCAAGCUGCUAUUAUUAAUCUUACUGGAGUAGGAGGUUUUCCACAGUCACAGGCAGCUGUGUUAUCUCAGCUUGGCUCUGCCGAGAACAGACCUGAGCAAAGCCUUCCUCAGCAGAGACUCCAGCUCUCCUCUGCCUUGCAGCAACAGCAACAGCAGCAGCAGCAGCUUCAACAGUUGCGAUUCUUGCAACAGCAGAUGGCUAUGGCAGCAGCAGCCGCACAGACAGCCCAGCUCCAUCGUCACCGGCAUGCAGGUGGCCAGUCCAAGAGUAAAGUGAAGCGAGGCAUGCCAACCACUCCAAAAUUCUGAGCAAUUUUUUUUUUCCUUUUGUCUUUUC